AUGGUCACUCCAAAAUCCUUGUCACUUGCACGAGGCUGCUGGGGGCUGCUGGCUGGCGCCCCGCUCGUCUCCGUGGGCGCUUUGUUGCAUGCCUUGGUCGCUUUGACCCAAGUGGAAGCUGCAAAUAAUGAAGAACCAUAUUCUGUUGAAUUAAUAAAAAAGAAUGACAUUUAUGGCAGCAUCGAACAUAAAGUUGAUGUUUACGUAAAAGUGUAUACAAAUAGUCCAUUUCUAGUAUGCAUGGAUUUAGCACUUUCUCAAAAAGAACUUGUAGAUCCCAAAUACUUGUGGAUUGGUCCAAAUGGAAAGAAUCUAGAAGGACAAAGUUAUGCGACUGUCACUAAAACAGGGAAGCUGAUGGUGAGAGGUUUUCAGGAGUCUGUGUCUGGAUCGUACACUUGCACUCUUUCUUACGAUAUCAUCAAAACUGACACGCAAGAAGAGAAAGAAAAAUAUAAGGCAUAUAAAUUUAUGGUAUAUGCAUACCGGGAACCUGACUACACAUACCAGAUAUCUGUUCGGUUUACUACGAAAGAAUGCAGCCUAGCAGCCAAUGGUCAAUUCUUUGAAGGACUGAAGAUACAUUUGGAUGACUUAAUCUCCUAUUUGACAUGCCAUAUCAUAGAACCAUCAUACAAAUGCCAUGUUGUCAAGCCACCGAAACAUGGCCUCCUGCAUGAGCUAUUUUUUACUUUUAAAGUAAAUCCUUUUGCCCCAGGAUGGGAAGCAGUUUGCCGUCAGAUUUCUUAUGAUUGUGAAGAUGAAACCAACAAGAGAAUUCAAAAGGCAAGAGAUCUCAUUGAAGAAUUUUUCCGUGAACAACCUCUUGUUCUGAAGCAUGAGUUUCAGAAUAUACCUGCAAUACAUUAUAUAGACCACAGUUUUGAAGUUACUCGCAUUGACAGCUGUCGACCAGGUUUUGGAAAAAAUGAUGUCACCCACAGUGAUUGUGCUAGUUGUUGUGUGGUUUGUGAUCCUGGAACAUAUAGUCCAAACAAUGAAAUAACCUGUCGGAUUUGUAAAAACAUUCGAAUCAAAUACUAUGGAGCUAAAUCUUGCUAAUAAACUUAAAAUAGAAAUUGGAAAACUGAAGAAAAGUUGUGAAAGCAUUAUUAUUCUUUUGUGAUGUCCAUUUUUUAACAAA